GUGGAGUGCGCCAAAGUUACUAAAGUGAAUUAUUCUGUAAAAAAAAAGAAUCCUUGGGGAUAGAAACUGUCGAAAGACGUAUAAUCGCAACGAGCGGGCCAAAAGCAAGUGCAGUAAGUAAGCGGAUCUAACGCGCGUGGUUUAGUGGUGUGUGCUUCGGAGAAAUAGCUCAAGAAAACGGCGGACAAAAUGUCUGAUGCGGAGGUCGUUGAACCGAAGAAGGGCCGUGGACGCCCACCCAAUCCGGACAAGAACAGUGUCGCACCGAAGAAGCGAGCCCGCGCACUCUCACCGAAAGAGUCGAAGGUGGCAGCUGAGGAUCGCGAAAAGGAGAAAACGGUUGUGUCGGACGAUGGUGACGAACCGUCCCCGAAGCGAGGUCGGGGCCGACCGAAGGGAAGCACCAAGAAGGUGGCUAAAUCGGCGAAAAAAGCUCCGGCAGCACCGGUCGGCCGGGGCCGAGGCCGUGGCCGUAAGAAACCGGUGAAGGAAGAAUCGUCCGAGGAGGAGGAAGACGAGGAUGACGAUGAGGAUGACGAGCCGGAGGAUAGUGAGGGCAAUGAGGAAAAUUAUGAAAAUGAGGAAUCCGAUUCUUAAACUGCCGUACGACAGCAAGCCUAACGCCACUGCCAUACCUUUGAUUUCGCAAGUCCGUGUUCUGUAGAUGUAUUUUGUUUUCACAAACAAAAAGCCAUUUGCUCGACCAAAAUCGAGGCACCGAGCCUGAUGAAGAGAAUGGUGAUAUGGAACGAUCCCUUCCCAAUCGAGCACAACAACGGCGUUUUGAAGGCAUAUGUGGU